AUGGAGCAUAAGGUGUGCAAACCAUUUUUUCAAGCGGUAUUUCAAGUUUCUGCCGGUAGAUUAGACAGACUGCUCAAACGUAAAUCCAUAGUAACACCACCACCUUCUGAUAAACGUGACAAACAUCCACCGCACAAUAAAACAUCUGACGCAAAGAAAAUGGAACUAAAGGAAUUCAUUGAAAAAUUUCCAUGGUACGAAUCUUAUUAUGGGCGGGAAAAAAGCAACCUUAGGAAAUACUUUUCUCCGGAUUUGAGUCUCGGUAAAAUGUAUGAGUUAUAUAAAGGUGAAACACAGAAUCCCCUAUCUUAUUUUAUUUUCCGAGAAACGUUCAACAAGGAAUAUAAUUUACACUUUCAUACACCAAUAACUGACUCUUGUAAGAAGUGUGAUUUAUUUGAACUUAAAAUAAAGGCAGCCACUAGUGAAUCAAGUAAACAACUCAAAACUGAAAAAGAACUUUAUCAAAAGAAGGCGAAGACUGCUGGAGAUUCUUUAAAAAGAGACACCGAAAUGGCAAAAAAUGGAAAUGCAUCAUUUGCAGUAAUGGCUGUAGCAUGUGCUAUGUGCUCCGCAGGAUACGUCGACAUUUCUCCAUAUCACGAAGCUAGUUCUUAUGGCAAACUAGUAGGAGCGCCAAUUUAUGAAACACCCUAUUACGGAGGCGAGUACGAUGGACAUGGUUACGGCUAUGGUUAUGGAAAAGAUUACGAUUACCAUGAUUACCCAAAAUAUAAAUUUGCAUACGGAGUCAAUGACCCCCACACCGGCGACCACAAAUCCCAACACGAAGAACGAGACGGCGAUGUAGUAAAAGGGUACUAUACUGUUGCUGAUCCCGAUGGUACUCUUCGUACUGUUCAUUACACCGCUGAUGACCACAAUGGUUUUAACGCAAUUGUAGAAAAAGAUGGCCAUUCAAUCCAUCCCCAACCGGUUGUCGAAAAAGUAUAUGUAGAGCCAGUAGUUGAAAAAGUAGUACUAGAACCUGUGUAUGAAAAAGCUAUCUAUAAGAAACCAUUCUACGGAUACGAAAAUGGUCCUAUUGGUGAUAAAUACGGCUUUGGCUAUUAUUAA